GCAAUUGUACUUUGUUUUCGAUUGCACUUCACGAAAGAUAAUAUCACCAAUAACACAGCAGCAGCUACAGUCCGACAGGUAGUUACUGUUGUGUUUGAAAGAGUGGUUGCUGAAGAUGAGCGAUACAAAGAUGCUGUGGAACAGCCAGUUGCAGUUCAAGGAAACAGUAACAGAAGAUCGGUCAGUACGCUGAAGCCGUGUGCUAAAGAUGCAUAUAUGCUUUUUCAGGAUCUUUGCCAGUUAGUUAAUGCUGAUGCUCCCUACUGGCUCGUGGGUAUGACAGAAAUGACCCGAACGUUUGGACUUGAACUUCUUGAGUCUGUCCUCAAUGACUUCCCGCAAGUGUUUUUAGAGCAUCAAGAAUUCAGUUUUCUCCUUAAAGAAAGGGUAUGCCCUCUUGUUAUAAAGCUCUUCUCCCCAAAUAUCAAAUUCAGACAAGGUUCCAGCACAUCAUCUUCCCCAGCACCAGUGGAAAAACCUUACUUCCCUAUCUGUAUGCGUUUGCUGAGAGUAGUUUCUGUUUUGAUUAAGCAGUUUUACAGUUUACUGGUAACGGAAUGUGAAAUCUUUCUGUCUCUGCUGGUUAAGUUUCUGGAUGCAGACAAACCACAGUGGCUAAGAGCUGUCGCAGUAGAAUCUAUUCAUAGGCUUUGUGUGCAGCCUCAGCUAUUAAGGUCCUUUUGUCAGUCCUAUGAUAUGAAGCAACAUUCCACUAAAGUUUUCCGAGAUAUUGUGAAUGCACUGGGGUCCUUCAUACAGUCACUAUUUCUUGUAACAAGCACAGGGAACACAUCAGCAGCACCAAAUCAAGCAGGAAGCAACGUGUCGGGCAGCGCGGGCUCAGCACAAGCUGCGCCAGGAGUGCUUGGAAUGGGAGGGGGCGCAACUGUGUUACCUGCCUUUGAGUACAGAGGUACCUGGAUACCCAUCCUGAACGUAACAGUACAAGGAAGUGCUAAAGCUACCUAUUUGGAAAUGCUGGACAAAGUAGAGCCACCUACAAUUCCUGAGGGCUAUGCCAUGUCAGUAGCAUUUCACUGUUUGCUGGAUCUUGUCCGUGGUAUCACAACAAUGAUUGAAGGAGAGUUGGGAGAGGCUGAAACAGUUGGUCAGAUCACAGCAGAGGCAACCUCAUCACCAGCACACUCCUCGGAGCAGCAGGAUUUGCAGUCUGCAUCUGAUCAAUCGGAGAAAGACCUAGUUAGCAGAGCUGUCUGGGAAGAAAUGGUGAAUGCAUGUUGGUGUGGUCUUCUUGCUGCAUUAUCCCUCCUGCUUGACGCAAGCACUGAUGAAGCUGCCACUGAAAAUAUUUUAAAAGCAGAAUUGACCAUGGCUGCGCUUUGUGGAAGAUUAGGUCUCGUCACGUCAAGAGAUGCCUUUAUCACCGCCAUUUGCAAAGGGUCCUUGCCUCCUCACUAUGCCCUUACUGUAUUGAACAGCACAACUGCAGCUCUCUCGAGCAAAUCAUAUUCUAUUCAGGGACAGAAUGUUCAAAUGAUCAGUCCCUCAAGCGAGUCUCAUCAGCAAGUUGUAGCAGUAGGUCAGCCCUUAGCCCUUCAGCCCCAGGGAACAGUGAUGCUGACUUCAAAAAAUAUCCAGUGCAUGAGGACAUUACUCAACUUAGCCCACUGCCAUGGAGCUGUUCUUGGUACAUCGUGGCAGCUUGUCCUGGCUACUCUUCAGCAUCUUGUGUGGAUUCUGGGAUUGAAGCCAGGUGUUGGGGGUGCCUUAAAACCCGGCAGAGCUGUGGAAGGGCCCAGUACAGUUCUUACUACAGCAGUUAUGACUGAUCUGCCAGUUAUAUCCAACAUACUUUCAAGGCUGUUUGAAAGCUCACAGUAUCUUGAUGAUGUGUCCUUACAUCACUUAAUAAAUGCCCUUUGCUCCUUGUCUCUGGAAGCCAUGGAUAUGGCCUAUGGAAACAAUAAGGAGCCAUCGCUUUUUGCUGUCGCUAAAUUACUGGAAACGGGACUAGUUAACAUGCACAGGAUUGAGAUUCUUUGGAGACCUCUUACUGGCCAUCUUCUGGAGAAGGUCUGUCAGCAUCCAAACUCCAGAAUGAGAGAAUGGGGAGCAGAAGCUUUAACUUCUCUUAUUAAAGCAGGACUGACGUUCAGCCAUGAUCCACCUUUAUCACAAAAUCAGAGACUGCAGCUACUUUUAUUAAAUCCACUGAAGGAGCUGUCAAACAUCAGUCACCCUGAUAUCAGGAUUAAGCAGUUGGAAUGUGUGCUACAGAUUUUGCAAAGCCAGGGUGACAGCUUGGGGCCCGGUUGGCCACUGGUGCUCGGAGUCAUGGGGGCGAUCCGAAGUGAUCAGGGAGAGUCCUUAAUACGAACUGCAUUCCAGUGUCUUCAGUUGGUUGUGACAGACUUUCUUCCAACAAUGCCAUGUACUUGUCUGCAGAUAGUUGUUGAAGUUGCAGGAAGCUUUGGACUUCACAAUCAAGAGCUAAAUAUUAGCUUAACUUCAAUUGGUUUGUUGUGGAAUAUUUCAGAUUAUUUUUUCCAAAGAGGUGAAAUAAUUGAAAAGGAGCUAAACAAAGAAGAAGCAGUUUUGCAGAAGCAGGCAGAGGAAAAGGGAGUGAUGCUGAAUAGACCGUUUCAUCCCGCGCCGCCGUUUGAUUGUCUCUGGUUGUGUCUCUAUGCCAAACUCGGGGAGCUCUGCGUGGAUCCCCGCCCCGCAGUCAGGAAGAGUGCUGGGCAGACCUUGUUUUCCACCAUUGCUGCGCACGGAACUUUGCUGCAGCAUUCGACGUGGCACACGGUGAUAUGGAAGGUUUUAUUUCACCUGUUGGAUAGGGUUCGAGAAUCUUCUACCACAGCUGACAAAGAGAAGAUUGAAUCAGGAGGAGGCAACAUCCUCAUCCAUCAUUCAAGGGAUACAGCUGAGAAACAGUGGGCUGAGACAUGGGUAUUAACCCUGGCUGGAGUCGCAAGAAUAUUUAACACCAGGAGAUACUUAUUGCAGCCUUUAGGAGACUUUUCCCAAGCCUGGGAUGUUCUUCUUGAUCAUAUCCAAUCAGCAGCACUCAGCAAAAAUAACGAAGUUUCCUUGGCUGCUCUGAAAAGCUUCCAGGAAAUCUUGCAGAUUGUUUCUCCUGUCCGAGACUCCGAGAAGCCCGACACGCCACCCGCUAUCAACGUUUCUGUGCCUGUGGUUGUGGGGACAACAACUGCCACUAGUCUUGGCAGAUCCUUCAUGAGAACUGACUCCAUAGGCGAAAGAAUUGGAAAAUAUAAUGGAUCUGAACCCCCUAUAAUAACAGAUGAAAUUGAAGAUUUGAAUCUUUGGUGGGCAGCCUGGAACAGCUGGUACAGGAUUGGCUCAGAAAGUACAAAGCCUCCAAUUACUUGUGAUAAAUUGACUUUCAUUCCCAGUCAGCCUUUUCUUACAGCUUUAAUUCAGAUAUUCCCAGCUCUUUACCAACACAUCAAAACUGGUUUCAGCAUGGAUGAUCUCCAAAAGCUGGGUGUCAUUUUACACGGCGCCGUUUCAGUUCCCAUCAGCUCUGAUGCUUCUCCUUUCAUCCUUCCAUCCUACACCGAAGCAGUUUUGACAAGUUUACAGGAAGCAGCGCUUACAGCCUUAGAUGUUUUACAAAAGGCUAUAUGCAUGGGCUCAGAGAAUAUGCAGAUAAUGUACCCUGCAAUCUUUGAUCAGCUUUUGGCAUUUGUAGAGUUUUCCUGUAAGCCCCCACAGUAUGGACAGUUGGAAACCAAACAUAUUGCCAAUGCAAAGUAUAAUCAGAUACAACUAUUUGCACCGGCUGAAUGGGUAGCAUUGAAUUAUGUACCGUUUGCAGAGAGAUCAUUGGAAGUUGUUGUAGACUUGUAUCAAAAGACUGCUUGCCAUAAAGCUGUGGUGAAUGAGAAGGUUCUUCAGAACGUUAUUAAG